AUGAAAAGUGAACAAUAAUCAUUAUUAUUGACAAAAAGAGAGGAAUUUAGAUUUUCGAUUAGAAAAGAGAGACUAGAAGAUUUAUUCAAUUAAAAUCGAAAGAAAUGCGGUAUGAACAACGAAGAGAACCCCAUAAUUGAGAUUCCAAGUUUUUCUGAAUCAUAGGAACUCCACAAAUAUUUGAUCGAUGGCGAGUUUAGUCAAUAGAAAUUAUUGAAGGCUGCGAAUGACUAAUAACUGUUAAACAAGCUAUUUCUUAGCGCAUAGCAAUCAGAUUAUUAUUCAAUCACAAUUUUGAGUAAUAUUUGCACUAAAUAAAAUCUUGGAGAGUGUGAAGUGCUUUUUCUAAAUUAAUUAAAAUUGGCAAAGCAAAGAAUGGACAUCAGAAUGAUUGAUAAUUUAUUUGAUGCCCUCAAUAGUAUUUGUACGCAUGAAUUAACAAGAAAAUAAUUAGAAUACUUAUUAAAUAAUAAUCUAAUUCCAUUAGUAAAUCAAAUACUAAAGGAAAAUCAGCAUGAGAUCUACACUGAUGAUGAGUUUAAGAUGAUUAAAAGUGGAACUGAGUUAUUCUGCAGAUUCUUCAAUCAAUUCAGAAUCUUUACCGAAGAAGAGUUAACUUAAAUAAUAUCAAAAUACAACUAAGAGUUAAGAUUUACAUUUUACUUGAUGAAAUAAUUACUCCCGCUUUAAAUGCAAUAUCCAAAAAUAACCUUUAUGUUUGUUAAAAAUCUCAUUUAAAUUAUUUCAUUAGACCCUGAUAUAGCUAACGAUUUAGACAACACAACACUUUAGAUUUGUGUAUAGCUCUUAGAAUUUAGUGAAAAUCAGAUUCUAAUAUCCAUAAUAUUGAGAUUUAUGAUAAGCAUAAGUGCUUUAAAAGAUGAGAAAUUUGUUUAAAGAAUCUUCUUUUUAAAAGGACAUGACAUUGUUAAAUAAUACAUCAAUCAUGAAAGUUUAAUUAUAAGACAAGCUUCAAUCAAAUUACUUGCUAAUUUUACUAAUGUGGAUUCUGAAAAUCUGCAAAAGGAGAUAGUUUCAGAUCUCCCUUUUAUUGCAGAAGUUGUGUAAAACUUUUAGAAUUCCGAUAAAACAGAUCAAAACUAUCUAAGACUCAUUUAUGGGAUCACAUAUAAUUGUAUGACUUACACAUCUACAGAGUUGAUCCAAGAUUUAAGAGUGUUUUAAAUAGUUAGAAUUAAAUUUCUAUUAGAAGAACCUGAAGAAACUGAAAAUAUUAUUAUCUAUUUAAAAGUUCUCUACACUUUAAUUUACUACUACUAAGCUUUUUGCAUAGAUGAUACUGAAUUAGAAUAAAAAUUAGAAAUCUUGUUAGAUCAUAAAAAUAAAGAGAUAGUGAAACUUGCUGAGGAAACACUGAGAGUGAUUGACCUCAAAAAAGAACAAUGUAUGAAUGAAUGA